CAACCCUGCUUUCAGUCUCCUCUCAUAGCAAAGAUUGUGAAUGGAAUGGAUUUGGCGUGUUGCUCUACGUUGUACUUUUUCUAUUUUGGAGAUAUCUUUUUUAAAACUGGAUGCCACAUCGUAGUGAAGUAUUCGAGACUAGGCCUUAUGAUUGAUUUGUACAUGCAUUCUAUCUAAGGUAGAGAAAGUACGGUUGAUGAUUCCAAGCUUGCGAUUUGCAGUACACUAUUCACAUGCUGUGAAAAUGUCAUCUGCCGGUCAAAGGUUACACUUAGAUCGGAUUCUACUUCAACAGAAGUGAUAGGUUUAGUUUACUCAUGUCUGUCAUGUAAUAGUUGAAGCAACAAAUCUUUUCUACCAGAAUGAAUGACCUUGCACUUCUCUUGGUUGAAUGGUAAUUGCCAUUUGAGAGACCAUUCCACGAGUCUUGUCAAAUCUGUCAGGAGGUCUUCGGCAUCAGCCUUUAAUAGAGUGAACUGGUGCAAAAAUUUUGAUAUUGUCUGCAAAAAGCUUAACUACCGAUGCACUGUUGUGAACAAUAUCUGGAAUGUCAUUGACAUACAUCAAGAACAAAGUCGGCCCCAACACGCUUCCUCGUGGUACGCCACUGGUAACUUCCGAUGUACUUGAUGGGGUACCAUUUAACAAAACCUGUUGUGUUCUUCCGCCCAAGAAUGACUUGAUCCAUUUAAGCAGAUUUCCUGUAAUACCAUGUGCCUCUACUUUAUUCAGAAGUCUAGCAUGUGGGACACAGUCAAAAGCAUUGUUGUAAUCCAAAUACAAGCAAUCAAUGUUUCCCUUGGCAUCUAGGACUAUGGUCCAUGUUUCGGUAAUAUUCAACAGCUGAGUAGCACAAGAUUUACGUCCUCUAAAUCCGUACUGUUCAUCAGUGAAAGAUCAUUCUCAUUCAUGAAUUUAACAAUUUCAUCACGUACAAUUGUCUUUAUUAACUUUGAAAGAGAACUAGUUAAGCUGAUUGGACGAUAAUUUCCUGGUUUCUUUUCAUCUCCGUUCUUAAAAAUAGGAGUCACAUCAGCUUCUUUCCAUUUUUCGCGGACCAUUCAAUUUGAUAUGAAUAUUCGGUAAACAGGUGUGCUAGCAGCUGCGAAAUCUCAUCAACUAGUUCUUUAAGUAUGCAAUUAUGAACACUGUCUGGUCCAGGAGAUUUAGAUUGGUCCAAUUUCAUGAUGGCAUUUUUCACAUUUUCAGGGUAAAGCUAACUGUGUCAAGUUACUUAUCAUAUAUCUGAGGCUUAAGAUUUUGUACAAAGUUUAAAUUCUCCUUAGUGAAUUUUGAUGCAAAGAAUAAGUUCAGUGUUUCAGUUUUAUCUGCAUCAUCAAUUGCAAUGGUUCCAUCAGGCUUUUCCAAAUCACCAAUACCCUGUCUGAAUUUAUUUUUGCUUUGAACAUAUUUCCACAAGCUUUUGGAGUUGGAUUUUAUAUCUGAAGUCAGUUUGUGUUCAAAUUUCUCUUUGCUGUGUUGACUUUCUCUGAAAACAAACUUGUUGUCAGGGUGAACUUCCCCUUUAACUUCUGUAAUUUGGAGUCUGGGAGCACUGUCAAAGGAGGCAGAGCUCCAACGUCUGAUAAGAGACAAGAAUCGCAAGGGUAAAAAGUAACAAAAUUGAUUUGAUGAUGGGUUGGAGCCUCUAGAUGAUUGUCUGAAGAAUAGAUGUAAGUGCGAACUUUUAUGUUUUUUACUCUUCUUUGAUUAAAAAACAAACUUUUUACCCGCCGUGAUCCAUGACACUUUCCCUGAUCAGGCGCCUAACCUCUGAUACCUUUGGUGGCGGAAAUCUACCCGAGUUACAUGUAGAUCUUCUGAAGCCUCUGCCAGGCUCAAGGACAAUAGUCUAAAUAUUUAUGACACCUCCGACCGACCCUGUCAUAUCUUUUCAUUUGUAAUGCAGUACCAACCAUCACAUGUCACAAAUUGGCUAAAUAUUUACAUGCAAAGAAAGCAGGAAAUUAUGAAAAUCCUCUUUGUUGUUAGAAUUCCAAUAAGGGCUAAGGUGGCUAAAACAAAUCAAAAUGUACAGAACUAUCAAAAGAGGAAAAAAAAUAUAGUUGCAACCAGUCAUUUAGAAAUAGUAAAAUAAUUGAAUUAAGGAAUACUGGUAAUUUGCUAUUUCUUUGGACCCCCCACCUGCUGUGGCCGCCAUAAGUUACAAUGCUCUAGAGUUUUUUUCCUCUCUCGAUGCUGAUUUUUCGAAUAGGCAUCCAUCCCUACACAUUGUUUCCAUCUUAGAGAACUUGUCGAGAUUUUUUUUCCUUGAUAUUUAUCUUUUGCUUCUAAUAAAAAUAAUGGUAUUGUUAAUGGUUUUAUUUACAGAGAAAACAGGUUUGAACAACAUGUCUGAUCCAUCACUGGACCCCAUCAUGCCAUUGCCGUUAGACCAGGCACUUCUGAAUGAUAUGCAGGACCAAGCCAGGGACUUUGCAUUAAGCCAUGGUGUGGUCAUGAGGAUGCCCCAUCGACCAGAAAGGUCAGAGGUCAUCUGUCAUGCUCCCUACACACUCAUCCCUUCUCCAUUUCCAAGGAUGUUCUUUGAGAAGGCCAAGAGACUUCAGGUGGCCAUUAAUUUGCUUUUGUACAAAGUUAGUCAGAACAGAGAGUUCUUAACAAGAACAUUGUCAAGAACAAUAGAAGGGGAUGAUUUCACAGGCAGACUAUUCAAGAUAUAUCAACAAGUACAUGAAGAAAAGGCAACAAAAGAUAUUGAAUUGGGUCUGUUAAGAACAGAUUACAUGCUUGAUACUGCUAGGGGAGAGUCUGGUAAUUUAGCGCUUUCCAUGGUUGAAAUGAACACAAUAGCUGCUUCGUUUGCUGCCCUCGCUGGCAAUGUUGCAUCAUUACAUAGAUUUCUUCUAAGGUUAUGUCACAAAGAUUUUGAGCUUUCGUGUAUACCAGACAAUCAAGCUAUUGAAGGUUUGGCUGAAGCCAUUGUCAAAGCAUUCCACCUCUAUGGUCAACCUAGUGCCUCAGUAGUGUUCAUCGUCACAUCCAAAGAACCCAACAUCUUUGAACAAAGGUUCCUGGAAUAUGCAAUCACAAAGUGUGACCACAGGGUAAAGGUCAUCAGGAGAACAAUGGGUGACAUCGGUCAAAGGGGUCAACUCACCAAGGACAGGAGGUUAUUCAUAGAUGGUUCAGAGGUUGGAGUUUUGUACUACCGAUCAUGCUAUGUCCCCACUCAUUUUCAUUCAGAACAUGAAUGGAAUGGCAAGCUGAUGGGAGAACAGUCUAGAGCUGUGGUCUGUCCGUCAAUCUCUUGGCAUCUCGUUGGGACUAAGAAGGUCCAGCAGGAACUGGCCAAGCCAGGGGUCCUAGAACAGUUUGUCGAUGACAAGGAGAUGGCAGAUUUCAUUAGGUCCUCGUUUGCAGGCCAGUACACAUUGGAUCUGACACCAGAGGGUGAUGAAGCUGCCCUCAGAGGGAUUGAAAACCCAAAGAAAUUUGUCAUGAAACCACAAAGAGAGGGCGGAGGUAAUAACAUCUACGAUGACGAGGUGCGUACCACACUUAAAAAGUUGGCCGGCCAACAAGAGAGGGAGGGCUAUAUCUUGAUGGAUCGAAUCCUACCCCCCAUCCAUCAGAACUACCUGCAGCCAUGUGGGGGGUUCGAUGACCUCAAGCUGUCAAAGGUCAUAAGUGAGCUUGGAAUAUUUGGAACGUUUAUAAGUCAUAACGGUGAAGUUGUGCUGAAUGAGAGCAAAGGUCAUCUCCUUCGGACCAAGAGCACUGAUGAGAAUGAAGGGGGCGUGGCUUCAGGAUCAUCCUGUUUAGACAGUCCUUUCUUAACUUGAUGCUCCAUGGUCACCUAGAUUAUCCAGGUUCCUGUUCAGCAUUUCUUGAUGGUCACACGAUUCGUUCAUCAAAAUCACAUUGAAUCAUUGGUAUAAUAGUACAUGUUUAUUGCAUUUCAUUUAUUUUCUGCGACCUGAAAUUGAAUGAAUCUUUCACCUAGUCAUUAUUAAGCGGUACUCCAGUCUGAAAAUAAUAUGAUUUGAAGAGAUAUAGAAAAAUCAGACAGACAAAACACUAAAAAAAUUGGACAAAGAGUAACAAAGUUAUAAAAUUGUAAAAUUUUGCAUUAUUCCCAUGAAACAGGCAUGUCUACAUGAAACUUAUGAUCUCAUAUCUCCAUUCUCUGUAUGUUAUUAUAUGAAAUUAGGUUUAUUCAAAUUUUUUCCUCCAAGAACUAAAAAAAUUAGAUUGGCAACUGAUUGAGUGCAUUCAAUAUUCAUUGCUGCAACUGAUUUCAUUAUACGGGAGACAUAUCAUUCGCACAUUUAUCAAAUAAUGAAACAAUUAUGAUUUCUUGUAAUACCACAAGAAAAAGGAAAGUGGGGAUGUGACAUCAUCAGUCCACCUAAUGAAUAUUCAUGAUGAUGUGCAUGAAUUAUAAGUAGUAAUAAAGUAAUGUGAUAUGGAUGAUUUUUUAAUGAAUAAUCACAUUGAUCAUUAUGUGGAGUUACUCAUCUAUGCAAUCAAUUUCUUAGUUUUGUGAUACAUACCCCAGGAGCCAUGUUAUGUUUUGAGUGGCAUUGUACACAUAUCAGUACAUGCAUGUCAAUGCAAAGGCUAUAUUUCAAUGUGAUUUUGCAGAACUAAGUCCUAAGAAGGAGCAGUUUCACAGAGCAUUAAGUGUGACAUAAAUUCAUGCUUACACGAAACUGUGCAUAUUAAUGUGUAAUCUGGACAUGAUCUGAACAGUGCAGUGAUGUGUUAUAUAUGCAACUGGGAAUUUCCGUGUGACUGCCAAUUUAAACAUGAUUUUAAAUCACACUUGACUCUUUGUGAAACAGCCCCAUUGUUUCUUUAAUACCCCUUUCAAACUGGCCUCUUCAUUUUUCCCCGGCGGACUUCUCCAGCAUGUAUUCCUCACUUCCCCGGCGAAGAAAAAAAAUGUACCCUUUCGUACUGACAUCUCUUCCCCGGCGAAAGUCGACGGGUGAUUUUCUCGGGCAGAUACCUAAUUAAUUUUAUCAGUGAAGUUUUGGAGAUGACGGCUGGUAAACACUUCUCAGCUGCUGCUGCUGAUCAGCUCACUCUGCACGUCCAUGCAGAAUGAGAAUGAACGAAAAGAAAAUUGUAAACAUCGCUUCGUACUGAUUACAAAAAAUGUGUAAAAAAACAUAUUCUAGAAUUAUUAGUAGCAAAACAAAAAUAAAUCAAAGUAUUUUGAUAUUUUAAGCGCAUUUUCAGCAUGUAAAAUAACGCUUUAAUAAUAAAUAUCGUUAGUGAAAAAAAAAAACUGUAUGUUCGAGGGUAUUUAACUCUAUGGAAUGAUGGAAUCGCUCAUAAAGCUAAGUGUGGCCUUCUACAUUUAGCCACGGAAAUAAUAGCUAGUUAGCGCGCGGAAUCUCAGUUCAGGGGAUUUCGGGGUGAAAAAAAUGACCUCUGACGUCAUUAAGAGGAGAAGUUCUCCGGUUAGCUUUCAUACUGGCUGUUUCACCGGCGAACUUCGCCGGGGAAACAGUUUCACUGGCGAAGUUCUCCACCUCACUUUUCAUUUUAGACACUUUCCCCUUCGCUGGCAAACUUCACCGGCGAAGUUCAACAGGGAAAAGUGCAGUAUGAAAGGGGUAUUAAAUGCUGCCUCUUUUUGCUUCCAAAUGUGAUUUCUUCAAUGUUGUUUUAUCUCUAAUCUCAUAUUAAAGACAGUAUUUUACCCUGGUUUAUCAAUCUUAUAAUUUUCUAUUUUUUACAAAUAAAUUUAUUUACAAAUCAUUGUUAUAAUAGAGAAGUGGAAGGAAAGAGCAUCAUCAUAGCGGGAGAGUCAGUAACACUUCAUAAGAGGAAAAUGCUGACUGGAAUAAAUUAAUGAUGAUCAGACUAAAAAAUAGCAUGAUUGGGUUACGAUCAAGUUGAAAGGUUGUUAUGUCAGUAGGAACCUAGCACAAGCUACAUGUAGUAGUAUUAUCAAAGAUUAUAUGGCUGCAUCAAACUCUUUGCCAUUUUUUUGUACUGGGGUACAGGAUGGUCUGUUCAGAAAGAAUCUUAUAGUUAUUUGUGGUUGGAAUUAAGAUGUGUAAUCACUAAGGGCCUUUUCACACGUGAAUCUUGAAUCAUCAUUGUAAUAAUGAUUGCAAUUGUAAUCGUGACUGUGAUUAGCGUUCGUGAUUCUAAUCAUGUUCUAUUAUGGUUUCACAUGUGCAAAAUAUUUGUCAUUUGCCUUAUUUUUCACUGGAAUUAUCAUUCAAAUUACGAUUUUUUACAGUGUUAAAGGGUGGUAAAUAUUUGUGUUGGAAUCACUUACAAACAAUUCAUAUAUAUAUAUAUAUAUUUUUUUUUUUUUUCUUUUUUCUGAAUACUAGUUAAAACAUGAAACACGACGCAUUAACAUCAUUAUGUCAUCGAUUUUGCUUUAUUGAAUUGUUUCUCAGUUAUACAAUAGGUCAUUUUCAUUCAUCUUAAAGAGAUGUCUAUGUAUUGCUACAGUAUAGGAAAGAAUAAUAUUUCAAAGUUUUACCAUUUUUUUUUUCAAUGGGAUUUAUAGUAUUCUCUUCUUUGUUAAGUAUGGUUAUAUAACCUGUGACAUGAAAUAUGAAAUUAAUAUUGAAAAAAAUUGUUAGACGAUAGUUUGUUUAGUUAUGAUCAAAGAAUAAUUAGAAGACUGACAACUUGCUUUUGUUCUAAAAUAUGUCAUUCUGAUAUUUUUAUUAUUGAAAAAAUGAAUGUCUUCUUGUUAUUCUCGAAAAUGCUCUUAAGACCAUUUAUUAUUUGAUCGCCAAAUAUAUGCAUAGGCCUAAAUCUUUAUGAAGUGAUACGAAUUGAAUGACAUACAACUGUAAUAGAUAAUUUGUAUUCAGUAAUCUCAAAUGCAAUCUAAAUCUCUUCUUGGUGUUUGGUAAGACUUGCCAAAAUAUUUGUCAGUGGAUGAUUUCUUGAUGAAAAUGCAUAAUUAAGGAAGAUAGCUCAUUCUUUAUCAUUCUUUUUUUUAAUCUUAAAGAAAAAUAUUUUGCAUAUAUUUAUUCAAGUAUAAUGUGUAAACAUUGUUUCUUGCACAACUAAAAAAUUCUGUAUGAAAUUUAUAUUCCUAUUUCGUUCUAUUUUGUUCAUUUUGUAUCCAUACUUUUUUUUUCAUUUACACAAAAUUAAUAAGAAAUAGCAAAUAUAAAAUAGGCUUUAUAUAAAACACUUACACAACAAAACAUUACAAAAGUAAAGGUAUAGCCUGAAACAUAGACAUAUUUUGUUUAUAUCUUGAAACAAAAGACAAUCAUUAUGCACAAAUAUCAUAUGGGGUAUUGCAAUAAACACACAUCUAAAAUCUAGUGUGAGUCCCUAAAUCAAGUACAAGUCUUAUACUGAAAAGCAAAUUUGUAGUUGAUUCCCAUUCAAUUUUUGACUCAAAUUCCUUGCAUCACCCAUCUCACAUGUUUUUUUUAAAUAAUAAACUGUACUUCUCAACUACACAUGUGUAUUGAUAUAAUAUUUCCUAAUAGUAUUUUGACUAAAAAGCACAAUGUACUGCACAAAAAUUACGAUUUUAUUUCUCGAAUUAUAUAAUCUGGUCACAUAAAAAAAUUAUCAUUUUAAGAAAAACUUUUAAUUUUAAGAACUUUGCCAUUAUAAUAAUUACCGCUAAAACUGAUAUUUUGAUUGGCUGCUGAGCCCUGUUACCAUGGAAGUUGCUUUAAUGUUAAAGUUACCCUAAUACAAGUUUUUAUGCAAUGCAACUCAUUAAAAGUAAUGAUAUUCAUGAUUAACCAUAAUGAUUUAUGAUCGAAAUAAAACUUAAAGACCAAGUCUAUUAUGUAACGGUCUGACAUCAAAAUAAGUUAAUGUUAGGAUCAUUCAACAUGUUGCAAGGGAAAGCACUUUUUACAUUAUUCUAACAAAAUGAAAUGAAAUAAUUGAAUAUUUACUGGAAUGUUAAAUUUCAUUUGUUUAUUCAAACAAUUUGAUAUUAGAUUGGACUUGGCCCUGUUUGAAUUUUGUAAUUUCUUACCAUUAUUUCCAUUAUGGUCUGAUUCUUUUUCUGUGCAAAUAUUUUAUAAUUACCAUCGGGAGUCUUUAUAUUGUAUGUGAUUAACUUUUGAUAUGUAUAUCUGAUUCAUUGAUUUAUGAAUAAAACAUGAUUUAUUUACUUAA